GGAGACACGACGGAGGAGAGACAACAGGUUUGUGAGGCUAACUGGAUUUAUUGCGGAAAAACUGAACAAAAACUCAAAGCUAGUCCACUCAGGAGCGGAUGAAAGGUGCCAGAACCACCUGAUGCUGCAGUCUAAUCUGGUCACCUGGGACUGAGCCCACACACGCACUCAUACACGGAUGGCGACGAUGGCGUCAGACCCACCCGUCUUGACAGAGCAGGAGGAGCUGCAGAGGAGAGCCAAUCAUGUCACAGAUGAGUCACUGGAGAGCACGAGGCGGAUGAUGCAGCUGGUCGAGGAGAGUAAAGAUGCUGGGAUCAGAGCUCUGGUGAUGCUAGAUGAACAAGGAGAGCAAUUGGAGCGUAUAGAGGAGGGCUUGGAUCAGAUCAACUCUGAUAUGAAGGAGGCUGAGAAAAACCUUACCGACCUGGGCAAGUGCUGUGGCCUCUGCUCCUGUGAUAAAUUGAAGGCCUUUGAGGAGAGCGGGGCAUACAAAGCAGUGUGGGGUGGAGGUCAGGAUGGCGUUGUGUCCAAUCAGCCGCCCUCGUCGCGAGUCAUGGAUGAGAGGGAGCAAAUGAUCAUGAGUGGAGGACACAUACGGAGGGUGACGAACGACGCCCGUGAGGACGAGAUGGAGGAGAACUUGGCUCACAUCGGCAGCAUCAUGGGAAACCUGAAGAGUAUGGCGCUGGACAUGGGCAACGAGAUCGACACACAGAACGUCCUGAUCGAAGGCAUACAGGGAAAGGUGAUGCUCAACGUGUCUCGCAUCGAUGCUGCCAACCAGAAAGCCAACAACCUCAUGAAACGAUAGGAGUGCUCUUCCAUUUCAUUGUCAUCCUAAUCUGCUCUGUGCUUUUUCAUGUUGUGCCACAGCACUGCAGAUGCUGUUCUCUCGUGCUAGAUUUACUAUCAUUCAAACUUCCUGUAUACCACUGCUAUGAUGUUCUUAUAAGGAUUGCACAACACUGAGUAGUGACCUUGUUUCUCAUGUUUUCCUACUUGUACUCAUGUAUUCUGAGUUUUCCUGUGGUAGUUACUAGUAUGAUUCUUUUGAAAGAUGUCAUAAGAUAAAUAUAACUCCAUGUUUGGCACUGCCAUGUUGCAUUUCACUCUCCUACUGCCCCUCAAGGUGGCCUCUACAGUCAGCCAGCCAAGAGUGAGAUCACAGCAAGCUUUAAUGGUCCCUGUGGGUAAACUGGGUCACUGCAGCCGCACCAACACUGCCAGCAGCAGCAGCAGAGAGCACAAUCAGACAAAAUUCUAAACCGAGAAAUAAUUUCCAAAACAACAUGAGUGGAGCAACGCGGCUGAUUGGGCCUGGGCGUGAAACUUGAGAAUACAAGUGGCCUUCCUCUUCUUCUUACCGGAAAGGAGACAUGUGGAGAUUAUUUAUCCAAAUUUCUUAAGAUAGAAAUAAAAUCACAGAACCAUCAGCAACUUGUUUAUGUCAAUGUAAACAUGGUUGUAUAACACACUCCCCUCCCCCCGUCUGCUCAGAAAUGUUGCAUUUGAGAGUCCUAAACGUGCAUGAUGGCGCUCUCUGCAGGUGCAGAUGGGUAUUACCCAUGAGUAGCAAACACGCAUUUGUUCCCAGAGGAAGAUCUCUGGUGACACCAAGCGGACAAACAUGGAACCUGCUCCUGCUGACCUCUCCAUCUUCUCUCACUACACUCAGAUGUAAAAUGGUGGUGAAGGGAUGACAUCUCAUGGAGGAUUUUUGCCAUUCUGUAAUGAGUAAAAUGAA